CUUCCAAAAUCAAAGCAACAGAUUUCAUAACAGAAUCACAAAAUCAGAGCAGCAGCCAGAAACAAUAUAAAUUAGAAAUAAAAAUGGGGAUAUUGGCAUGUUUGGGAGUAAUCUCACCAUUUCCAUUCUACUAUUAUCUUUGGAACCACCCACAAACAUGGGUAAAUCUUGUCGGAAAAAACCAAGAUCCAUGUAAAAUCAUGGCCAUGGUUUCUCAUUUCUUGAAACUCAUUCAGUUUAUAUCUUUAUUCUCUGUUUCAACUCUCUCAUGGCCUCCACCCUUUUACUUCUGGCCCCUUUUCUUUUUUGGCCAGUUUCUUAACUUCAGGGUGUAUCAGUUGCUUGGUGAGUCAGGCACUUACUAUGGUGUACGCUUCGGGAAGAACAUACCAUGGGUCACAGAGUUCCCUUUCGGGACAAUAAAAGAUCCUCAGUAUGUAGGUAGCAUUAUGAGUCUUUUAGCUUGCAUAGCGUGGGUCCCCUUCUUGUAUAUCUUCCUAUGGGCAGUAGGAUACGUAUUCAUGAUAUAUGUUGAAUCAAAGGAAGAUCCAGCUUCUCGUGCCAAGCCACUUUCUUGAAUCUGAUUGACUCAAACUGUCUGUAAUAUCUUGCUGACGAGAUCUUUGUUGGCAUCUAUCUGCAUUCUUAAUGUUAUAAUUAGAGAUUGUCUUUAUUUUAGUUA